AUGGAGAUGCAUUUCUACCCCAUUCCGUGCAAUAGAUCUUAUCUUCUCCGCAACAGCAUGAUAAGGAGGGGACUCACUAGAAGGCAUUUACAUGUAAUCUCAAAAUCAAAAACUAACAUUAAACCGGCCUCUCCCACACCCUUGAAACUCAAGCCUUACAUUCUUCCUUUACAUGAUCUAGGGCUGGCCGGUCCUUACACGCCUAUAAUAUUCUUUUAUUCCAAUUUACAACCACUAGCUAGUAAAGCCAUCAGACCAGAUCUACUGAAGAACUCUCUAUCCAAUACACUUUCCAAAUACUAUCCCCUUGCGGGAAAGCUAAGUUCUUCAGGAUCACGCGUAGAAUACAAUGACCAAGGCAUUGAUUUCUUUGAGGCCCAGGUAGCAUGUAAAUUAUCAGAAUUUCUGGAAAAAACUCCUACCAAGGAUGAAGAAGAUGGUUAUGGUCAUCUCUGUCCACCUGGUACCAUUUGGGGAAAAUUGUUGUCUUCUUGUAAUUUAAUGGCGGUUCAACUAAACCAUUUCUCUUGCGGAGGAAUAGCUAUAGCUGUGAGCCUUUCCCACUGUAUUGGUGAUGCUCUGACUUUGUUGUCAUUCCUAAGUUACUGGGCAAGCUUGUGCCUCAACCCUGACAAAAAAGAAAAACUUGUGCAUCUUAGUCCCACUUUUGUGCACGAGCUGCAACAAUCAGCACCACCAUCAUGUAACGAUGAUUUAACCGCCAGUGAAUUUUCAAACUCCGGGGCCUAUACUAAAUCUGUACUGAUGCAUUCAGUAAACAUGCGUCCUCUCAUUGAUCCUACAUUGCCAAAAACAACUGUGGGAAAUCUAAUUGCAUCAAAUCACGUUCCAACAACUACGAUGAAUGAGACAAGAUUAAGUACAUUGAUAGCCCGAAUGAAGAAAGGGAAGAUGCAGCUUAAAGGAACAAACAGUUUGGUCGGAAAAGAAAACAUGGCACUGGUGGAAAAAUAUGCAAAAACUAAUCACAACCUUUAUCUCAUUAGCAGCAUUUGUAAUUUCCCAUUAUAUGAUGAGAUGGAUUUCGGGUGGGGAAGGCCAGUAAAAGCUGCAUUUGUGGACAUCCCUAUGUCUAAUUUCGCAAUUAUGAUGGAUACGCCGAGUGGAGAUGGUAUAAACACCAUCAUUGGAUUGGAAGAACAGGACAUGAAAAAUUUCCUAGCUGAUAAAGAUCUGCUUGCCUAUGCUUCUUUCUUAGUCUAG